AUGUCAGCUCCCAACAGUGAUAGAAACAUGCAGCAGCUAGUCCCUAUAGCACCACCAGGAAAGGCUUAUAAUGGUGAAAGUGGAAAGGAGCUGGUUGUGGUGGAUCCUGCAGGAAAGAGUUCAGGAGGUGUAAAACUGCAAGAGGAUGAGGAGGACCUGGAGGUGAAGCUCAGGCGCAUCAUGGAAAAUGUCCCUGUGCGUGUCAGCAACACAUCAGGGUCCUCUGCUGGCUCUGGCUCUGGUGAUUUCCACCAGUACCGGCAAAUGAGGAGGAGAGAGCAGGACCGGAUAGCGCGAAUGGAUGCUGACUACCAGAAGAGAAAAGCGAUGCCUGAGUUUGAACUGCGGAGGGAGGAGAGGCUGAAAGCAGCUGAGGAGCGGACAGCCAAGAAGCGCCUGAAAUGGCAGAAGAAGUAG